CAACCCGGUGGUGUUACUAGUAUGGAAAUUAAAGUCGUGGGGGGAAGAGGGGGAGAUUGUAAAAACAAUAUUUCAGUUUAAUUGCAAAACAAUUGGGACAAGGUAGAUGUUUGUCUCCGUGUAGGGCAGAGAAAGACAUACAUGGCACAGGGAUGGAGAUUAAGACGUCUGCUGGGACGAUCUCAAAGUGAAAAGCACGAAUUGCGGUCGUUACCAUCAUCCUUGUCAUCAACAGUGGCAAGAAGGCUUCUCCGGCGAGUGGGAGGUGUUGUUGGGGUGGGACUGGGCUUAGGCUUAGGCCUGGGAUGGAUGAGCCUCAGCCUCAGCAACAUCAACAGCAACAGCGUCAAUGGCGAGGAAUAUGAUGUUCUGCGGAGGUUGAAAAUUGCAGGUGCAGUGCCCGCCCGUCUCUCUCGCAAUGCUCUCACAGCCGCCAUCAUUGCCUUUGAUUAUGAGUAUUCAUUAUGGGGAUUGCUGGAAGGAAGUGUUGAGAGAACAAAAGCAAAACAUGAAGUUCACCUGAGGUGUGCAAAUCGACUUCAGGAGCUUUGUUUCCAAAAUGGAGGAAUCUAUAUCAAGCUUGGUCAACAUAUUGGGCAGUUGGAAUACCUGAUUCCUCAGGAGUAUGUAGAAGUUAUGAGGACUUCAAUGUUGAACAAGUGUCCCACAUCUUCAUAUUCACAAGUCUGUGAUGUGUUCACAAAAGAACUUGGAAAGCUUCCCCAUGAAGUGUUUUUGGAGUUCAAUCCCAUCCCAUUGGCAAGUGCUUCGCUUGCUCAAGUACAUGCUGCUCGAACCUUUGAUGGCAAGAAAGUUGCUGUCAAGGUUCAGCAUACACAUUUGACCAACACAGCAGCUAUUGAUACUGCAACUGUGGAGCUGGUUACCAAUGUUUUGCACUGGAUUUUUCCUGCAUUUGAUUAUAGGUGGUUGAUUGAUGAAGUGCGUGAGAGUCUUCCAAAGGAGCUUGAUUUCAUAUAUGAGGCAAAGAAUAGUGAACAAUGUUUUUAUAAUUUCAAAAGAUUAUCUCCCCAUCUUGCCUCGUAUAUUUAUAUUCCCAGUGUAAACUGGAACUUGAGUACAUCAAGAUUACUGACGAUGGAGUUUAUGGAAGGAGUUGGAGUCACUGAUGUGGAUGCCAUCAAGGCGCUUGGGAUUCAGCCAAGUGAUGUUGCAAAAAUUAUAAGCCAGACGUUUGCAGAGAUGAUUUUCAAACAUGGAUUUGUACAUUGUGACCCACAUGCAGCAAACAUGAUGGUUCGGGUUGCCCCUUGUAGUAAAAUUGGUUUUCUAGGUAAAAGAAAACCACAAUUGAUACUGCUGGACCAUGGCUUAUAUAGGGUGCUUGAUCGCUCAAUGCGGGAGCACUAUGCUAAACUUUGGAAGGCCCUUGUGUUUGCAGAUGUCAAUGGGAUAAAGUACCAUAGUGUGAAAUUAGGUGCUGGAGAGGAUCUCUAUGUUCUUUUUGCUGGCAUACUCACAAUGAGGCCAUGGAACAAGGUGGUUGAUCCAGCAAUAGACCAUUUACGUUUGAAUGGGACAAGUGAGGAUCGGUCAGAACUUCAGAUGUACGCAUCACAAUAUUUUGUGCAGAUUUCGGAGCUUUUGAAGAGGCUUCCGCGUGUGAUUCUUUUGCUUUUGAAGACAAAUGACUGCUUACGUGCUGUAGAUCAUGCCUUGGGAGCAUCUGUGAACACAUAUACCAUCAUUGGAAGGGUGUCAUCAGCAGCAGUUGCAGAGAUGGAGCUAUUACAAGAGGAUUCCAUUCUGUCAAGAUUGAACUUCUAUUUAAUGAUGCUGGAAGUGGAAGUUCGCCUUCUUUUUCUACGUGUUGCUUCUUGGCUAGUAAAUAUUGAAAGAUUUUUCAGGUCAUUUGACUUAAGUUCAAGGUCCAGGAAACAAGUGUUGUAGUAUAACCAUCCGUAGUAAAUUCUUUUAUUUGUGGGGACUUGAUUCUUUCCAUUGGCCUACAUGGAUCAAUUUUUCUGUAGGAUUCAAAGUUGUACCAUCUAUUUCUUGUCUCUUUGUUGCCAUUCAUUUCACGAGUUCCCACAAUUUGCUGACCCGAGGAGCAUGCUUAUUGUCCGAAGUGUCCAACUUUGAAUAUCAUAUCCACAAAAGUCAUUUUGAAUAAUUUGUGCCCCAUAAUUGCUGGUUUUAAAUUAGCUAGGUAUUAAGACCUAGCUACGCCUUUAACUAUGCAAAGUCCCUAAUUUCUUGUAAAAACAGCAUUGGCAAUUCAAUGUUUAUGAUUAUAGAAGCUGAUGGACGAUUGGAUUA